UUAUCGGUACGGGCGUGUGUGUUAACGUGUGAUUUAACAUUUUAUGAAUGGAUUUUCUUUAGAACGUAUGAAUAGUCGUUUAUUUUUGGCUCUUAAGACGAAUGCUUAUCCUUAAAUUUCAGAUGAGAUAUUUAUUACAAUUUUAUUACAUCAAUAAGUGUAUUUGACCCAAAAUUAAUUACACAAUAAAGUGCAUAAUUUAGGUGAUUAAGUGAGUAAUUGGAGCUCACCAGUACCAUUUUAAAUGUUUUUUUUUUAUUAAUAAGGGACAAUAGGUGUUUAUUCAUUUAUUUUUAGAAGUAUAGUAAAAAUCUUAUAAAUUUUAACAGGGGUAGGUGAAGAAUAUUUCAGGAAUACCCAUAACAUAUUCUUCAUUUGGCAAACAAGUGGCAAAUUAGUGCAGCUUAUGUGAGUGCGCGUUUUAUUGACCUUUUAUGUUGAUGUAAUUUUUAGAUAUCUCUAUAUUGGCAAAUUUAUUUAUUAGACGAUAAAAGCAUUAGCACUUUUCGACCAAUUAUAGUGCUUCUAUAAUUCCAAUUAUUAGGGUCUAUUCGUAAUGUAAAAAAAAAUAUAUUCCAAAUUCCUACUGCCAAAAACGCUAUUUUGACACUAUUCUAGCAUGUACAGGGUGGCUCAAAUUGGAAUGUCUCAAAAUGCCAUUUGAAAUUAAAAAAUACACGUACCUAAUAAAAUUUCAUUUAAACAGAUACACUAAAAUAAAUGCAGUGACGUCACUCUAGGAAAUUCAAGAUCCGAGGUUCUAUAAUAUAGUUUUCCAGAAUCCAUCAUCAAUUAUAUUUUUUUAAGAUGUGCCUCUGAUUCUGUUUGAUGGUGUUCGGUAACUUUAAAUUACCUAAAAAUUCAAUUGAAAUAAUAACAUACCUAUUUUUGUCUGAUACAAAAUUUUCCCUAUAAUUUUAAAAAUGGACAAAGGCAAUCUAAUGUGGAAAAAUACAUGUGAGUCAGAGAUAAUAUAUUUGGUCAAAUUCGGGUAUAAAUCAGUGCUAAUUUGUAGCAGAAAGAUCGUUUUUCUUAAUAUAACUCGAAUAUAUCGGAAAUUUAAAAAUUUGUAACCACCUAGAUGCUUUUAUUUAAGGAUCAAUAUAAAAAACUGUAACUAGAGUUAGGUAGACGUAGAGCAAAAGAGUCACGAGCAUUCAAGGCAAAGCUUUCAAAUAAUUUUUCAUGAUUUGCAGUUAUUUACGGUCAUCGGUUAUAUUUGCCAGGCCUUGGAAAUAUUUUUCCAUGUUUUACAAGCCUUUGAACUUAUUUCUCAUUUUAUUUCAGGUUUUUAGAUCCAUUUAUCUUUGAAUCGAUUUACUAAUGUUUUCCAAGCGUUAAAAAUGGUUUUUCACACCAUACCAAUACUUCUGUGGCUCAGUUUGUAUGCGAGGUUAAGAUCUGUUAUUUUAUUAAUAAUUUUAUCAAUGAGAAGUCCUAUAUUGUUUAAUCUUCUAUUCAUUGUUUAAUUUAUUUAAAAAAAAAACGAAGAACAACGUUUUGGCACCAACGUUCUUUCCUCUAUACCUUUCAUGCAAAUUUUAAAACAUAUAUUGCAUAUAGUGUAUUUUCACGUCUGAGUUCGCGUAUGUUUUAUAUUUUAUUUUUCCACGUUAUUUUUUCUGUUUUCCAGGCUUUGGGAAGAAACGUUUUUCUGCCCUCUCCAAAUCCGAGAGAUUUCCUACAUUAUCUAAGACGCUCUGAAUAUGGAAAAAUUUUGAAAUUUUCGUUUCAUCCCAGAUUUUUGAGGAUAUUUUGCAUAUCUGCCAGGCCUAUUGGACAAUGAUAUUUCAUGUAUCAGGUCACGAUUUUUGAUAUAAUUAUAAAUAGUUUUUUUAUAUUUCAGGCUUUGCAAAGAGCAAAAGUUGUUUUGACAAAAUUUAAUUUUAUUCCAGGUUUUUGGAAGCAUUUCUUGUAUUAUUCAGUUAUUUCCUCCAGACUUUUUUCUCUUAGUUCUCUGUUAUUUUCCAUAUUAUUCCAAAUAAUUUUUUGUUUUUCAAGCUAUUCAAAUAAAACUGUCCCUCUUCAAACCAAGAGAUCUUCCACGUAAUCUGAGACAGUGUCAUAGCAACAUAUUGAAUAUGUCAAUUUUGUUCCAGAUUUUCAAAGCCAUUACUAAUGUUUUCCAGGCAUUGCACGUAAUUUUUUCUCAUUUUCCAGUGAUUGGAACCAAUUUUUCAGGAAUUAAAAGUCCUUGUUUACUCAGAAUACAGGAACAUUUUGAACAUUUAAUGACAUACCCUAUUUGAUAAAAUUUUCACUCUAUUCGACUCAUCCCAAUAAUUCUUAACCUCCCAUAAACCUAAAAAAAAAACAAAUACAUAUUUACCAAUUUAAGCUCAAGAUCAAUCUAACCUUGACCGUUAUUGGGCGGUACUGACCAGUUUAAAGUGGCCACGUUAAAUAUCAAUUACAAUCUGUUAUAUAUCUUGAUCCUUAUUGUUUAUAAUAUCUUGAUGUCAGUUUUAAUUUAAGGGGGACACCAGCAAGUGCAUUUUAUUAAUGACCCAAUAAUCCCAAAUGAUCAUAUAUAUUAUUAUAACUGAUAAAGGGGAAAAUAAACAUAAUUUGAUUAUAACCAAACGGUUGUCAUCUAUAUUACGUCAAUAUUUUUUUUUUAAAUACAACUAUAGUGUUUUAAAAUGUAUUGUAAGUGCACUGGCAAAGAGGUGUCUAGAGAGCACCCUUUAGGUAUACUCUCCUGUCAAACUUCUAUAUUAUAAUUUAAACUUAUAUCGAGUUAUUUUAUAUAAAUAAGGUGAAUUUCACUACAUCCACCAUACAAUGAAAUUAUUAAUAGAACACACACAAAAUACAUGACUAAUAUAAUAUUGACUUUGGUACGAGCGUGAUAACGACUGGCAUAUAAUAUCGAUUCGUAAAGGCGAUCUUUAGUUCAAAGAUCGACCUAUGAGUGUGAAAGUUUCGGUCGCAUUUGUUGAAUUAGGCGUAAACCAGAAUUAAAUUGGCAGUUUUUCGGACAUUUGCCGUGCUGACGUGUUAAGUGGUUAAUGAUGGCCAGUACCAACAAAAGGAAACCGGAGUUUAGCAGAGCAGUCUCGAUCCGAAUCGGUAUUUGUUUGUUUUGGUGUAAUUUAUUGUGAACGUGCUAAUUAUGUUAACAGUCCCCACGUCAUCGCGAUGGUCGGUCUUCCUGCUCGAGGGAAAACCUACAUUUCGAAAAAGCUGUCACGUUACUUGAACUGGAUUGGCAUAAACACGAGAGUGUUUAACUUGGGAGAGUACAGACGUCACGCAACUACAGCCUACCAAAGUCACGACUUCUUCCGACCGGAUAACACUGAAGCGAUGGCCAUCAGAGCCCAAUGCGCCAUAGAAGCCUUACAAGACGUCUGUCAGUGGUUACAAAACGGGGGCGAAGUGGCCGUUUUCGAUGCCACCAAUUCAACAACUGAGCGUAGAAGAGUCAUACAGGAUUACGUGGUGAACAAGAUGGGAUUUAAGUUAUUUUACGUCGAGUCCGUAUGUGAUGAUCCGCAGAUCAUCGAACAGAACAUUAUGGAGGUUAAGAUAAGCAGCCCGGAUUAUGUGAACAUGAACAAGGAAGCAGUAUUAGAUGACUUCUUAAAGAGGAUUCAACAUUACCAAGAGAAAUACUCCCCGUUGGACGAGGAACUGGAGAAAGACGUUUCCUUUAUGAAAAUUUAUAAUACAGGAGAAAAGGUGGUGGUACAUAAGCACGAGGGGCACGUGCAAGCUAGGAUAGUUUACUAUUUGAUGAAUAUACAUAUUACUCCAAGGACAAUUUAUUUGACUAGGCAUGGUGAAAGCGACCAUAACCUAAUAGGCCGAAUCGGUGGCGAUUCGAACCUAAGCGCCAGGGGUAAACAUUACGCGAACGCGUUGGCCUCGUACAUCCACGAACAAAAAAUCGAAGGUUUAAGAAUCUGGACGUCGUGGCUUAAGAGAACGAUACAAACGGUGAGCGGGUUAGAUGUGCCGCAAGAAAGAUGGAAGGCCUUGAACGAAAUCGAUGCUGGGGUCUGCGAGGAAAUGACUUACGAGGAGAUCAAGGAGAACUAUCCGGAAGAGUUCGCGUCAAGGGACCAAAAUAAAUUCGCCUACAGGUACCCGAGGGGUGAAAGUUACGAAGACCUGGUGGCCAGAUUGGAACCGGUCAUUAUGGAACUGGAGAGGCAAGGGAAUGUCCUGGUGGUGUCCCAUCAAGCGGUUUUGAGGUGUUUAUUGGCUUACUUUUUGGAUAAAUCAGCAGAUGAACUUCCGUACCUUCAAGUGCCACUCCAUACAAUAAUUAAACUGACCCCAGUGGCAUACGGUUGCCGGGUGGAGCAUAUAAAGUUGCCAAUAGAAGCGGUGGACACGCACCGUGCCAAACCUUCGGUUCCGGGUGAACUGGAGGAAAAAUUCAAGCGAAAGAAUAAAGAAAAAUUAGACAAUUCUACUUGAAUUCUAUAGGAAAACAGUUGAGUGCGUUGCGACUGAACAGUGUGCCUAAAACGAUAUUUUUCGAUCUGCUCUUAAAUGUGAUUUCCGGAUUUUUUCAAAAUAAUCGUAUGUCGCUGGUUUUAAGCAUAAUUUAUAAUCAAUUUAUUUCAAGAAAUAUUACAACUAUUAUUAGUAGGAAGCGUCUUUACCGUUCUGAACAUUCAAUUUAUUCGAUUGACUGGUGCAAUUUUUUUUUGUAUAGUAUAUUUAACAUUAUUAACUUAUAAUAAGGGGUAUACUUAAAACUUUAAGACAUUUUGUGAAACAACUUCUUUUGCUGUGGUCUAGCUGUAAUUUACACGUAGACGUGGUGAAUAUUUAAAUGUACAUACCAUAAUAUUUGUUAAUAUAUAUUAUAUUUUAUAAAA